AUCCAAACGCAAACCCAACAACUGCCACUCCCGCAGUUCCGUGUCAUCCCGGCCUUCUCCUCCUCGUGCUUCCUCCUUGCUCUCGCGCAAUCGCAACCCAGCACCGCGGGCUCGCGAGCAGCCAGACUGCCGGAAGCUUCCUGGGCAAUGCACCGAGCCCUACGCGCCGCGGCCGCGGCCGCCGGGCGAGCGCUGUCGGCGGGGGCGCCGCGUCCCCGUCGCUGCCCCCGCGCACCGGGCUGGGGCGCCGCGGCGGCGGGGGCGGGGGCGGGGGCGAGGUGGCUCUGCGGCGGUGGGGGCCGGGAGGCGCUGAACUACGACGUGGUGAUCGUCGGGGCCGGACCAGCGGGGCUUGCCGCGGCGAUCCGGCUGAAGCAGCUCUGCCGCGCCGCCGACGCCGACCUCUCCGUCUGCGUCCUCGAGAAGGGCUCCGAAGUCGGUGCUCAUGUGCUGUCGGGGAAUGUGUUCGAGCCCCGUGCCUUGGAUGAGCUGAUUCCGAAGUGGAGGCAAGAGGAUGCCCCAAUCAGAGUUCCUGUCUCAUCUGACAAGUUCUGGCUGUUGACAAAGAACCAAGCAUGGACACUUCCAUCUCCAUUUGACAACAAAGGAAAUUACGUGAUAAGCUUGAGCCAAUUGGUGAGAUGGAUGGCCACGAAAGCUGAAGAAUUGGGUGUUGAAGUAUAUCCAGGUUUUGCUGCUAGUGAGAUCCUUUACGAUGAAAAUCAAAUAGUUACAGGCGUCGCAACCAAUGAUGUUGGUAUUGCUAAGGAUGGUACCAAAAGGGUUACUUUUCAACCUGGUGUAGAACUAAGAGGGCGAAUAACACUGCUUGCCGAGGGUUGCCGAGGCUCAUUAUCAGAGAAAAUAAUAAGGAAUCACAAGCUCAGAGAGAGUGGGCAACGGCAACAUCAGACAUACGCUCUUGGAAUUAAGGAGGUUUGGGAGAUUGAAGAAGGAAAGCAUGAACCAGGUUCUGUUAUUCAUACUGUUGGAUGGCCUUUGGACUCGAAGACUUAUGGAGGAUCAUUCCUAUACCACCUUGAUGAUAGACAGUUAGCAAUUGGUCUGGUUGUUGCGUUGAAUUAUCGAAAUCCUUUCCUGAGUCCCUACGAUGAAUUCCAGAAAUUCAAGCACCAUCCUGCUGUCAGAAAACUUUUGGAAGGUGGAACAGUUAUUCAGUAUGGUGCUCGUACUUUGAAUGAAGGUGGUUUCCAGUCGAUACCGUAUCCAGUUUUUCCUGGAGGUGCAAUUAUUGGAUGCUCUGCAGGAUUUUUAAAUGUUCCCAAAAUAAAAGGAUCCCAUACGGCUAUGAAAUCAGGUAUGCUUGCGGCGGAAGCAACUUUCAAGGCUCUUGUUGAAGGAUCUUCGAUGGAACUUUACUGGGAGAAUCUCAAGAAGUCAUGGAUAUGGGAAGAACUUCAUAAAGCUAGGAAUUAUAGACCAGCAUUUGAAUAUGGAUUUAUUCCAGGCAUGGCUUUGUCUGCACUGGAACGCUACAUAUUCAAAGGAAAGUCACCUUAUACGUUGAAGCAUGGGAGACCUGACCAUGAAGCAACAGAUAUGGCCGAUUUGCACGCACCUAUUCAAUAUCCUAAACCAGAUGGACAGAUAAGCUUUGAUGUUCCAACUUCUUUAUACAGGAGCAAUACAAACCACGAGCAUGAUCAGCCUCCUCAUCUCCGCUUGAGGGAUCCUACAAUACCCGAAAGAGUAAAUCUUCCACUGUAUGCUGGACCAGAAUCACGUUAUUGCCCAGCCCGAGUUUACGAAUAUGUCUCCGACGAGAAAGGUGACCCAAAGCUCCACAUAAAUGCUCAAAAUUGUCUUCAUUGCAAGGCUUGUGACAUCAAAGAUCCGAAGCAGAAUAUCGAGUGGACUGUUCCUGAAGGUGGAGGCGGCCCUGGUUAUACAGUAAUGUAGAUACAGAAAACCGUGGUGUCUUGAAAACAGUAACAAUUCAUCCGGCAUGGGUCACACACUGAACCAAAUCCUGAGCCAAAACCUGUCGACUCGAGGUAGAAGUUGCAUCAUGUAUCUAGUAAUAAGCAUCUUCACUAGCAGUAGACAGGAUCUUCAUAGGGCUAGGUACUGGUCAUGAUGUGGUGUACCCAGUUUAUAUCUUCUCUCAUUACAGGAAAAGAAUUAAAGAAGGGUUCAUACACACUUCAUAUGGAUAUGGAUGGCAGCAAUUUGUCAGA